CUUCGAGACCUUUCAUUAUCUUGGAUACGCCCGAGUAAUCUUAAUUGACAUGAUUUAACUUAGGCUCAUGCAUAGCGUGCCUGGUGAAAUCGAUUUAGCAGUUAUAUGAUAAUUUCUUUUGGAGUGGGUCAAUUGAAACGUAAGCUUACCCAAGAUGACACCUUAUACGUUCACGCGCCUUCUUUGCUUACUGGUGUUCGUGCAAUGGUCGUUUUUAGUGGAAGGGUCUCACUUCAGACAUGCCGUCAUGAGCUUUGUUCCGACAGAUGCUGAUAACAACACGCUACGGUUUACCUUCCGUCUGGCUCUUCGAAGGUCAUAUUAUUCAUAUUACUGUGAUGAAAACACAAUUAACUUAGGAGGAAUUAUUGGAUCUGGAGGUUCUUGGACAGCGAAGUGCAGCGAUCCAUUCAGUGCAGUGUGUUCACCGAGCUAUUAUAUCGCGGACACUCGCUUUCGUUGUACUGACUUUAGUCGCAAUGAAGACUGGUCCAUGGGGGAAAAUAACUUCACCUAUACUUUUCCGUCUGGCAAUCUGGAGUGGAAUGUGAGAUACCAAAGUUGCUGUUGGAUUUCCAAUCUUGUGCGAUAUGCUGACUCACAAUGGUCGGUAUCCACCAAGAUAAGUCUCUCUAGACGAUCUGACAGCGGCAAAAUCAACUCAUCCCCAGUCUCCAAGAGCCCAGCCAUUGUACGGUUUCAACAGGGCUGUCACAAGUCUCUUACAAUUCCAGUUGAAGAUCCGGAUGGCGAUUUUGUGAAAUGUCGUUGGGCAACUAGCGCCGAGUCCUCCAUACCAAGUGAUAGUUUUCCUUACGGUGAACUUGAUGAGAAAAACUGCAUUUUAACUUACAGAGGUGGACUUGGAGCAUCGGGCACAUACGUAGUAACCUUAACUUUGGAAGACUUUCCAGCUGGAACCACAAACUUCAACAAUAUCAGACCAUUCAGUGCUGUGCCACUGCAGUUUCUUGUCAUAAUAGGUGUUGGGUUUGGUUCUUGUCAAGACAUACCUGUUUUUACUUCUUCUACACCUCAAAAUGGUGAAUGCUCAGAGAUUCAGAUUGGGUCGGUAUACAAAGCAGUCAUUGAGGUGCGGCUUCCAAACGUUAGUAAACAUAUUGUCGAGAUAACCACAAGCUCUCCACUUGGAAUGCAACUGACACCAUUAAGCUCCCAUGGAGGCAUCUUCUUCAGGAAUGUCACGUGGUAUCCGAGUCAGAACCAAAUUGGGCAGCAGCUGUUCUGCUUUCAAGCUUUGGAUUCAGACGGAUUACAAAGUGAAUGGCGCUGUGUCACGAUCCUUGUGGGGCUAAGUAAUACGCCUCAUGUUAUUUUGGGUACACGAAGGCCAAUAAGUCCUAUAAGUGAGAUUGGAACAGGACUAAUAUGGUGGAGUAUUCAUUUUAACAGAGUGAUAAAGAAGCCUCGUAGCUCAGCAUUCAUCCGAUUGGUUCUGCAGUCAAAUGGUUUUACCGUCUUCAAAGUGAAUGUUCUCUCUGGUUACGUUGUUAUCGACAGUAAUCGCACAGUACUGCAUUUUGCUACUCCUAAGGCUGCACUGAGUAUGAACGGUUCAUAUGCCAUCUUGAUAGAUCCCGGUGCAGUAGUUGGGCAGGGCUGUUCGAAUGAUGGUCCACCAACACCUGGUAUAACCUCACCCAUGGACUGGACCUUCCCCGUAGAUGGUGUCUGCCCGCUUGGUUAUGCUCUGGUUUCUCCAAGUUUUCAAAAGUGUGAGGAUAUAGACGAAUGCGGCGGACAUCAUCGGUCGAAACGUUCUUAUUGGUGGUACAACGUGUUUUCCCAAAAUUCAGCCUGCAACGCUACUGGAGAAUUCAUCAGUUCUACCAGCGGUCACAUUUCCAGCUACAAUUUUCCCGAAAACUAUGACCCAAACAGGAUUUGUACGUGGAAUAUCACGGUACCCAGAGGGAAAAUCAUCAAACUGACCUUCUUGAACUUUACCUUGGUGGCAGGUGAAAACGAUGACUGUGCUGGAGCGGCGGGAGAUAGUGCCCGAGUCUUUAUCACAAACGUUGCUUCUCAUGGAGGAAAACCUAAUGACUUUAAGAUCUGUGGUCAAAAGCUUCCCCAUCCUGUAUACUCCGAGGGAAAUUUCAUUCAAGUGAGAUUUGAAUCUCGCACUGGUCUUGUAAACAAAGGGUUCAAUGCAACCUUUGAGGCGAUAGAUAGAGAUUCACUGUGCCCAACAGAUAUGAUCCUCAAUGAAACAUCAGGUUCUUUCUCCUCUCCCUUUUAUCCAAGAAACUAUCCAUUCAACCAGACAUGUAGCUGGAAGAUUAUAGGGAAACAAGGAUACCGUGUUGAGCUCACAAUACCAGACUUUAAUCUUCAACGUUGUAGUAGCGGUGGUUGCUUGUGUGAUUAUAUGGAGGUUCAGAAUAGCUUCAGUGAUCAAGCACUGCCUGGAAAACUAUGUGGUACGCCAAGGUAUACUCCUGUAAAAUUUUAUUCACUUCACGAAAGCUUGAGGGUGGUGUUUGUGUCCGAUGAUACAAACAUGGAUUAUGACGGAUUUGGGGCAACUUACAAGCUGUUGAACUACAGUCCUCCAAGUAACAAACCUACCUCAUCUGCUACCAAUAUAUCACCUUCUCCAGCAACUUCUAUAUCUUCAACGGCGUCAGCAAUGCUAUCUGCUCUUCCAGGAUCCUGUCUUUACAACUUAGGAGGCCAGUAUGGAUAUUUCAACAGCCCAAAUUACCCAUUUAACUACGACCACCAUCUUAAUUGUGUUUGGAUUAUUACUGUACCAAAUGGCUACUACAUAUACCUCCGCUUUGAUCAUUUCCAUCUGCAAGGUGGCCAUGGAAGUUGCCCUUUCGACUACGUGCAGAUAUAUGACGGAUCGUUUUUGCAAAGCCUCACAAUAAGACGCUGCUAUUAUCAAAACUCUUGGUGUGUUUACAGUCACAGCAACGUCCUUUAUGUGUAUUUUGUGACAGAUCAUUCUGUAUCCUACUCUGGUUUCACUGCUUAUUAUGAAAGAGUCCAAGAAACAUAUAUUGUCUCUCACCAUCUACCGUCUAGUACUUUCAGUGGUAUAUCUCCUACACCAGCAUCGAUAUCAUCAAUGUCCACGGCCAUGCUGCCACCUGCCUCUGGUAAGACUGUAUGA